CUCUUUACGCUGACUGCUAGGAUAUGGCUAUGUUCAUAGAAAGCUGAGGUAGAGAUACGGUUCAGGUCUGCUCUUGGUACAUAUGUACCAGAAUGAGCAAGAUGUCAAUUCCUGUGCUGGAUGUCUCUCUAUACGAAGUCAAUCGACAUUGCAGAAGCAAAAUGACAAGAGUACAUAUACCGACACAGCAGAUCCAGCUUCCAUCAGUCAGCAGCCAGUUCACUCAGUGAACUUGAUCAUCAGACCUGCCGGGGUAGCUCAAUCGGUAGAGCGUGUGGCUCUUAUCAUUGUCAUAAGCACAACCUCAAGGUCGCGGGUUCGAGCCCCGCCUUCGGCUAUUCCUAUACAUUCAGCUGUCUGUUUCUUUUUGUUUUGUCCUGGUGGUGUUGAGGGUGGAUAGACCGGGAGUAGAAAUGAUUUUUUUUAUGCCAAGGCAAGCUUUGACGAAGUUGCGCGUGGGAUUGGGAAUUUUGCGGGGUAACAGGGUCCAGGCGUUGAAGAAAAAAUUGACUUGGCAAGAAAAUGUUGAAUGAACUUUUUGGAGGACAAACCGACCUGCAUGCAGCAAAAAGGGAGU